AUGGGCCCCGGCUCGCACAACAUUAUCCCGAGACCACCAAAAUCUAGAUCUAUCUUCAGUGGCCUUGAUUACAUGCUGCACGGCUGUGACGUUAUUUUAGUAGAGAAAGCCUUCUGCAGCAGCCUUUCCCUUGAUAGACUUGCAACCCACUGUUCCACCUGCCUGAGAGAAUGUCUGGCACCGAUCCCCUGCCCCUACUGUACUAUGGUCGUCUUCUGUAGCAUCAAGUGUCAACUGGAAGGCCUAUCUCGUUUCCACUGGUUAGAAUGUAACAUCCUUUCCACCAUCUGUUCCUUGAACAUGAUGGCCUCAUUCAGCAAUUGUUUCAAAAUACUUGAAAGAAAGUCCUGCAGUCAGUGGCGAACUAUCUUGCAACGACUAGACGACAGGAAUGCCAAAUACUCACCAGAGAAAAGAGGAGUCAAUGACAAAGAAAUCUUCAGUUCAGAAGAUUUCGAUCUGUUUUAUAGCCAGGUCACUAAUGCAGAGGAGAGGCCUUCCGGUGACCUGUAUGUGAAGUGCCUUAUUGCAUUAGUUUUAGUAAAGCUCCUGCAACUUGGAGGGCGUCUCUUCAGAGAUGAAAAAGGCCAAGCGCUGAAUCCUCCUGAAGAAGAUACACUCUUUCUUGGCCAAUUCCUCUUUUCCAGCUUGAUGAAGAACUCUUGUAAUGGAUUUGGCAUAAUCGAAUUUCAAUGUACUAUGUCUCCAUUCCACAUUGACAAGGAGAACAUUGGGUCAGGCAUAUAUCCUACCUUCAGCUUGAUGAACCAUUCCUGCAACCCGAGUGCCCUUCCCUAUUUCUAUGGUCGCUAUGCUGUUUUAAGAGCUGCAAGAACUCUUCUGGAGGGGGAAGAGAUUACUAUAGGGUACUGCAGAGGGUCUUAUUUGCAGCCGUUGGAAAACCGCCAGAUAUACCUCAACAAUGUUUACCAGUUCGAAUGUGCUUGUGAGGCCUGUGAGGAAAACUGGCCUUGCUACGGAGAACUGCCAAGUGAAAUACACGUUAAGUGUGUACUGUGUUCUCAAGCGGUCAGCGAGAAAACUCUCAAAUGUCCCGAUUGUGCCUUUGAAUACACAGGGGAAGGCAAUAAUGAAGAUGAACGCAAAACGAUCAGGGCCUGGAGAGAAGCGUACGCAGAAACAAAAGUGGCAAAUGAUUCAAUUCAGAAUAUAACAAAAGCCCUGCUGGCUGGACACUGACAGUGAAA